GUCGAAAUGAACGUAGUCCUCGCGAGUGUUCCAAGCUAUAGAGGGAAGAUGGCGCCGAUGUUGCAAUCUCCGGAGAUCCAGUUUGCACAGAAACUAGCUUCAAACGAAAAACCUAUCCGGACCCGCGCCAUAAAGAAACUGAGGAAAUACCUCAGCAUCAGAUCACAGAAACCAGAAGGUGGGUUUAGUAAUGAUGAACUGCUCAAGAUAUGGAAGGGCCUUUUCUACUGCAUGUGGAUGCAAGACAAGCCUCUUUUGCAAGAAGAAUUGGCAACUGUUAUUUCUCGGCUGAUACAUUCCUUGCAGAAGACUGAUGCCCAGUAUUUAUUUCUAGAGACCUUCCUUCAGACCAUGAAUCGGGAAUGGAAUGGCAUAGACAGACUGCGUCUUGAUAAAUUUUACAAGCUUAUCCGAAUGGUUUUAAGGCAGUUUUUUGAACUGCUAAAGAGGGAAAGCUGGGAUGAGAGCCUAGUUGAGCGGUUUGGGUGUAUACUGAGUACCCAAGUGCUGAGUGCUGCCAGUGGUGCUCCGUCAGGAAUUCAGUUCCAUAUCCUGGACAUUUACAUGGAGGAGUUGGCUACUGUUGGAGCAGAAGAGCUCACAGCAGAAGAGAAUUUUAAGUUAAUUGAUCCAUUUUGUAAGAUCGCUGCUAAGACAAAAGAUCGCCUGCUCUUGCAGGCAAUAGCACAUAGUAUAUUUGAUGAGAUUGUGGACCAGUCUCCAUUUGCCAUUGAAGACUUGAUGAAAGAGGUGCAGCAACAGGGACAAAAUGUGUCUGAUGACUCAGAAAAUCAAGAUCUCUCCAAAUCAAAAAAAUCAACAGGACGGCAACUAAAUGGUAAAGAAGCUGAAAAAGAGCAGAAUUUUGAAGAUGACUCUGAAGGUACCGUUGAAAUGCCUGAAGAUGAUGAGGAUAUUGGACCUGUUCUUCAGUUUGACUACAAGGCAAUUGCGGACCGUCUCUUUGAGCUUGCUAGCCGAACCAGCACACCUUCCCAGAACAGAAAGAUCAUCUACAGACUGGUAAAAAAAUUCCAAGACUUAAAUGAUGGCAUCUUUCCCCAGGAUGAGUACCCUGAGGAGGUGUCCACAGAUGAGGAUGAUGAUGAGUUAUUUGGAAGUAGAAGAAGAAUGAAAAAGAGAAGGAAUACAGAAAGUCUGCUGGAGAAAAGCAGUGAGACAGCCAAAGGGAAAGAUAAAAAAAAGAAAGAGGGAAAGAAGAUGGAGAAGACACUGAAUGGCGGAGUAGAGCAGAAGAAAGAGAACACAGAGGCUUCCCCAGCAGGGACUUCUACUGAACUGAAGCAACCCUGUGCAACAGAAGAGUCAACAGAAACCAAGGCGAAGAAGAAAAAGACGAAAUUAAAGGAGUCCAGUCCCAAAAGAAUUGUGGCUGACCCCAGCAGCAACAAGAUAGAUGGGCAUACAGGAGAGAAAAGGAAAAAGAAGAAGAAAGCAAAGGAAGCUGUGGAAGACGGACAUGAUCAGGAGGAUUGCUUGGAGCAAACAGCAGCUGCCAUUCUCUCUUCCAGAGGCAAAAAAAUUAAAAAGUUGCGAGUCCUGGGAGUGAACGGAGAAAUACCAUGUCUUGAGCAAACCACUCCACUGGAAGAAGGCCGUUCCCCCUCAGAAUUACAAAAGAAUACCAAGAAGACAGUUGAGCUGGUUCAGGAGGACCCAGCAGCAGAGCAGGUGGAAAGCAGCCAGACAAAAAAGAUGAUGAAAAAGAAAAAAAGAAAGAUUGAGGCAGCUAACCCUGCAGAGGUCAAUGGGCUCAGGGAAUAUGGUGGCAAGAAAAAGAAAAAGAGCUGUGAAUCAAAAGAGACUGUCAUCUCUGUGGCUUCCAAGAAGCCACUCCAAAAAACCAAGGCAAGCACAGAGAAGACAGAGUUUGUGAGAUUUGAAAAUUCCUCCUUCCCAGUGCCAUUAUUUUUCAAGCGUGCUAAUGGUGGCAAGCCCAGAGCAGCCAAACGGGGGCUGCAGACUCCAGAAUCGGGUUCAAAGAAAGUCACCUUUGGACUGAACAACAACAAGACUGCAGAGUUCAAAAGGACUGACAAAAGCAUAUUAGUGAGUCCAGAGGGAACAUCGCGAGUGGCCUUUGACCCCCAGCAGAAGCCCCUUUGCGGAGUGCUCAAGUCUCCCUUGAGCGUGAUGUGUUCCAGGCAUAAAACCAACACCCCUGCCUCGACCAAGAAAAGAGCAACCGCUGCAGACUUUUUUUAACUUUUAGUUUUUCUUAUUCUGACACUGGUAUGUUUCUAAUUAAGUCAAUGUAUUGUGGAAACAAAAAGAAACCAAUACUUUAUUUGUAAACAACCAAUGUUAUUUAUAAUUAGAUCAUUAAACCACAACUCUUAUCCAGUUAUUUUCUGGAUGCAUCAUCUUAUCAUGCUCUUUCCAAUGCCCUAUUUUUAAUUGUGAUAGGAUUAUUUGUAAUUCAUAACUAAAUAAUAUAACAGGGUAACUUGAAAUUCUUUCUCAUAUGAGAAGGAAUUAUAAUGAGUGAAUGGAUUAGGUUAGCGAUGAGUUAUUAUAGCUUGUUGAACAUAACUUGAAGCAACUUUGGAACUGCCCAUUCAGAUAUACUGACAGUUGGAGCUCGACUGGCAGUCAUUCCAUAAAAAUUCAAAUAUACACCAUUUCACGUGUUUGAAGUGUGGAAUCUUAGUUUAGGUCAUGUGCUAUCCACUCUGAAGCUCAGACUUGCUGUAUACUUACAUGUGUGGGUCAAGUUGGGUUUAACACCAUUUAAGGGCACUGUUACAAACUCAUUCAAAGUCUUGUUUGGACACCAAACCUGUGAACCUGGUUUAUUGUUAAAUGAGCCAUUCUUUAAUGAUGUGAUACUGUUUUUUUUCCCCCUGUAAAUGGUGUUAGUAAUGACAGUGAUAAAAGGUUUUGCAGAAAAUGUUUGUACUCUCUCCUCACACAGACUGGAUAGAAACAAAACAAGAACUGUAUUUUGUGGCAUUCUAAAUGCACCUAGUAACAAAUAUUUCUUUAAAAACAAAAGCCAAGUUAAUUUAAUGUACGAAGCCAUCAAAAUCACACUUCCUAUUACCUCUAAUAGGUUUGAACCUUAGACUUUAUCCUUGAAAUACAAAAAUACUACUGACGCAACAGCUCUUCAAAUAUCAACAUCUUUAGUCUGGUGGUCACUAUAGUUAUACUCCUAGUCCUAAAAAGGAUGGGUGCCUUUACAUUGGGAAAUUAACCCUCUGAAAUAGUCCAAAUACAUUUCAAUCAAGACAUUCAGAUUUUGACAAUGUUAAUAGGCAAAGACUUUCCUGGUAAAGCAGUUGUCCGUAUGAAAUUUAAGGGUAAGCACUGGUUAAAGUAAUUUUCUGUGUUUUUCUGAAAGAUGUAAAAUAUUGCAUCACUAAGGGUUGGGAGAGAAGUAAAAUAAUCUUAUCUUAAGUCACAGUAUAUGGAUGCCGAAGAAAGAGUUGCAUUUUAGCCCAAUUCUAAGUAAAACUGCAGUCCAAGUGUAUGUGUUUUUUGGUUGGAGAUAACGAUUCAAAGUUUAACUUUACAGCGUUAUAUUCAGAACUGCGUUCUAUGGCAAGCUAUAUAUGAGUGUGUCCAAAACAAAGAUCAUUGUCAUUUCUUGAACAUGUUAGAAAGUAUAUUUUUAAAAUGGCAUCUGAUCUAAGAAAAGCAAAUACAAUGAAUUACCAAAACUAAUUUACAAAACCUUUAUACAGAAUCAUUUAUAUUUUGAGGACAGGAUAUAGAAAUUAGAUAUUUACCAUUGUAAUAUGGGUAUGCAUGUUCAAAAAUUUUUGGUAUGGUAAAUGGUUAUUAUGGGUGCACACAGGAUUCAAACUUUUUCUGUAAAAAAAUUAGGACUUAUUUCCCCAAAUGAUAGAACAUGUAACAGUUUUCUAUGCAAGAUAUUGCAGUAUCUAAGACUACUUUUCACUACUGAAUAUUCAGACAUGCUGUAACCAAUUCCGUCCAAUGCAUUGCUUUUCUGAUUUCAGAAGAUAAAGGUUUUGUUUUUUGCUG